UCAGUUUUUUUGAUCAGUUGAAAUUUAGGCAUAAGGAUGAAUCGGUUCCGUGCAAAGUUGCACGGAUUCUGUAUGAGUCGAGCGGUUGUUCGUGUUCGAGCCCGUUCUCCUUGUCAACAGUACAAGAACACGGGCUCGAUCAAGUUCAACGACUCUGACAGUAAAUAUUGUAGCAGCACGGAAAUGAGCUUCAACAGUGUCGAGUCGAGGCCGGAUUCUGAGAGUAUUGGUAAUAAUAACAGAGUUAUGGUUGUGGUUGAUCCUAGUCUUGAUCCCAAUUGUGCUUUGCAAUGGGCACUUUCUCAUACUGUUCAAAGCCAGGAUACUAUUCUUCUUCUCUAUGUUAGCAAAAUCUCAAAAGAAGGUGAAAAAGCCAACAGUGAAAUUAAUCAGAGGGCGUAUGAACUUCUUUGCUCCAUGAAAAAUAUGUGCCAAACAAAGAAACCAGGAGUACAGGUGGAGAUAGUAAUGCAAGAAGGAAAAGAGAAAGGAGCUGUGGUUGUUGAAGAAGCAAGGCAACAUAAGGCAUCUUUACUGGUGUUAGGACAGAGGAAAAGAUCGAUAAAGUGGUGCUUGCUAAGAAUAUGGACAAGGAAAAAAUCAAGAAGCAGAGUUGUGGAAUACUGUAUUCAGAAGGCAAAUUGCAUGACAAUUGCUGUGAGAAGGAAGAGCAGCAAGUAUGGAGGAUAUCUCAUUACUACCAAGCGUCAUAAGAACUUUUGGCUUUUGGCUUAAUGGAACUUGAUAGAUAAUUUAAUUUACCUUUUUAACAACAUUAUAAUCCCACAAAGUGGAGGAUGGUGUG